AUGCCAACCGCAGUCCCGGCAAGAGAGGAGCCUCAGGCUCCGGACAGGGAGCGGCUCAAAAACAAAGAAAGCCCGGGUUUGAACGGGCGGGGCAGCCGUCCACGUGGGUACGUCUGCUCGCGUCACUGGCAUGUUUACAGCCAGAAGCCAGCAAAGGUCUCGCAAGCGGCAUGGGAGAAGCUCUCGCCUCACACGCGCAAGCAGCAUCGGCUCGCGAUCGAAGACCUGGUGAACACGCCGCACGACCUACUCGCACUCGACCUGGCAGCCGCAGCGACCAGGCUAAUCCACAGAGCGGCCAAGAUGAGGAAGUGGAAGGCGUCCACGAUCGUGUCGAAGUUCGCAACGACACACGGAGCGCUGAUGCACCCGCCGCUCUACACGGACCAGCCGCACCCGAUCAGCCUGAAGGAGUCCCCGGAGUGGACGUCGGCGUACGGGCGGUGGCAUCAAAUCAUAAGCAGCGAAGUCCCCAACCCACCGCCACACGUGGUCAAAACACAGAUCGACGACGCCGCGCGGCACCUACAGGACGACCCGGAGGCCCGACUGUUCUUGCAAAUGAUGUGGAGCUUCGCAGCACGACCGGGAGUCAUUGGAGGGCUGAGGCCAACGGACGUGACGUUGCAGACCCCCACGGCGGUGUCGUACCCAGUGGGCCUCACGCACAGGAGAGGCAAGGCAACACACUUUCGCGGGCCCUACCCAGUAGCGUCGCAUCUGAGUCGGCAGGACGGUUCGUGCGUGGCGCACCAAAUGGCGCAGCGGACGAGCGAGCAGUCGCUCUUCAGGCCUCCCGCAGCAGCCAAGAAGAAGGCCAGAGCGGCGCUGAAGAGGGUGAAUCCCGCCCUCGAGCUCGCCUCGAUUCGGAAGGGAGCAGUGCACCACCUCGCUCGGGCGGGGGCACCGGAAGCGGAGAUCAUGAGGUUGACGGGACACACGUCACUCACAACCCUGCGGCGAUACCUCAACUAUUCCCAGCAACCUACACGGGAGGCCAUUCCAGCGCAGGACAGCGCCUCAACCCUCCUCCACGACCCAACGCCGUUGGCCACAAACGACCAAUGUGGCACGAGAUAG